GGUGGUGUUACCUGUCACGCUCCCGUCAGUUCACUCCCCGCGAUCCCGGCCGGACGCCAUUAGCAACAGCCACCACAGCUGCUCUCAGCGGGCGGGCUUCGAUCGGCUUCUAGCUAUCUCUCCUGUCCUGAGGAAGCUCUACCACCUGCUCUUCCCUGAAUUGGGUCUUGGUGCGCUCGUCGACCGGAUCGCCAUGGCCGACGACUCGUCGUCCCCGGCGUCCUACAUCCGGCUGGUGCAGCAUCUGAUCGAGAAGUGCAUCUGCUACGACAUGGACAAGGAGGAAUGCGUGCAGGCGCUGGAGAAGCACGCCAACAUCAUGCCCGCCGUCACGUCCACUGUGUGGAAGGAGCUGGAGAAGGAGAACAGGGAGUUCUUCGAGACGUACAAGAAGGACCGAGGCGGUGAGUCGCCGUCGCACAAGGGCAGUCCCUCAGACCAGGCGUCCACCUCAAGGAACACAGACGACAACGACAACAACGACAACGACGACUAGAGGCCGACGGGAUCCAUGCAUAUAUGCACAAAACUAAAAUAUACAGUAUGAUGGUGUGUGUGUAAAUAAAUCGUAGCUAGCCACGCCACGGACGUACCCCUGCCGCUCAGCUCCAGCCGGAUGAUCCACCGAGCAGCAAGCAUACAUUCAGCCGGUUGGUCCAAAAUCGAAAAGAUUCAGAAUCACCAAUCCACCGGGGCGUCUCGAAUCUUGUAUGCAUACUAGUAUGCCAUGUUGUAAACGUGGAGGUGGGAAAUAGACGUCCGGUGGAGACGACCAGACGUACGCGCGCGCGUUUGCGGCCUGUAAUUUGUACCCAUCUGUACAUACCCCCACAUCUACAUGUGAGCGGCGACUAGCUUGUUGCUGUCAAAAGGAAAGCUGGUCCUGUCCCAUUCUGAUC